AUGAUGGAGGCCUGGCCGACCCUGGCCUGGGUCCUGCUCGUGACCAACCUUGCUGAUUGGCUGAAAACUGUCCAGUCACGGGACUUCACCAUGAUGGACAUCAUCCUGCUGCAUCCCUCAACUACACCUCAUCCCGGUGGCUUCAAGUGCUUCACGUGCCAAGACGCCUCCGACAACUACGAGUGUAAUCGCUGGGCACCGGAUGUUUACUGUCCAAAAGAUGCCAGAUACUGUUACACCCUCCACAUGAUGGAUAACCAUGGAGACAGUGUGUCUGUGACCAAGCGUUGUGUGACUCUGGAGGACUGCCUGUUUACUGGCUGCGCUCAUGUCACUGAUAAUGGCUAUCAGGUGUGCUCGUCCUGCUGCGAGGGGAACAUCUGCAACGUGUCGGUGCCCAGAAACGAGAGCAGCGCCGUCUUCUCCUCCACCUCUCCUCUCGUCAGCUCCAGCAAGGGGCUUCCUCCUGCGUCGCUGAGCUACGCCGUCCUCAUCGUCUUCACAGCUGGACACGUUUGA